AUGUAUUUACGAUUCAUUAUCCCUUUCCUCUUAGGCCUUCAAUGGACUGGCUACGCAAGUGCGCUCACAAACUUCGAUGACUGGGCCCACCAGCGCAUUGCUCUCCAAGACGUGAGUAUUCACUUUCGUUACGCGGGAAGUGGGCCACCUGUACUGCUGGUGCAUGGUAACCCUCAGUUCAGCCUCACAUGGCGCAUUAUUGGACCUAUACUUGCUGAGAAUUACACCGUCAUCGCCGUGGAUAACCGUGGCGCCGGCGACUCUUCGUUACCACCGGAUGGGAAUUACACCGUCAUGGCAUCCGCAGAAGAUCUCAAAGGCGUCUUGGAUUUUCUCAAUAUUACCUCAGCAUACGUGUUAUCGCAUGAUAUGGGAGCCGGCAUAGCCACUGCCUUGGCUGUGAAAUAUCCUGAUUUAGUUCGGAGGCUCGUUGUGACGGAAUACCUUCUCCCUAAAUUUGGGUUUGAGUCUGCGCGAAAUCCUGGAUCGUACUGGGAUUUAUACGCCAAUUGGCAGCUCGCCUUCUUUUCAAUUACAGAUGCCGCCGAGUUCUUCAUCUCCGGCAAAGAGAGGCAAAUGCUCGAAUGGUAUUUCUUUCACGGGAGCUACUCUGGUGCUACGAGCUUCUCUGAAGAUAUUGUCAAUCGAUAUGCAAGCUCAAUUUCGAAACCAGGAUUCCUAAGAGCUAUGCUUGGUCCAUUUGGGAUUGGAGCCGUUGCCGAAACGGCCAGCUUCUUCCAGGGCACUCUCGGAAAGAAACCUCUCCAGAUGGCAACCUUGUCGAUGGGAGGAGAAGCUAGCCUAGGGCCCUUCGCCAAGCAACUCUGGGGUAAUGUGACUAGCCAUCUCGAGACGGAUGUGGUUCCGAAGGCUGGACACUGGAUUGGUAGGUCAUGGAAUUUCCUCUCAUUAAGCAUGCCUACUGUUCUUUGGCUAACCUUGGAAAAUUGUUAG